AAGCCCUCGCGGCGCGCCGGGUCCAGCCGCGGGCAGAGCGCGGAGCCGCGGGCGCACGGUCCUGGCCGGGCGCGAGCGGAGCGCAGCCUCCUCCCCAGCCUCGCCGGGCGGGCCGAGCGGGCGAGCGGGGCGCGGCGCGCGGGGGCCCCGCGGUGGGAUGCGGCUGCCUCCCCGGGCCGGCGAGUAGAGAGGGCGGGUCCCCGGCCUUGGGAGCGCGACGGUGGAGGGGACCGAGGCGGCGGCCAUGGCGACCCCCGGCAACCUGGGGUCUUCCGUGCUGGCAAGCAAGACCAAGACGAAGAAGAAGCACUUCGUCGCGCAGAAAGUGAAGCUGUUUCGGGCCAGCGAUCCGCUGCUCAGCGUUCUGAUGUGGGGGGUGAACCACUCGAUCAAUGAACUGAGCCAUGUUCAAAUCCCUGUUAUGUUGAUGCCAGAUGACUUCAAAGCCUAUUCAAAGAUAAAGGUGGACAAUCACCUUUUUAACAAAGAAAACAUGCCGAGCCAUUUCAAGUUUAAGGAAUACUGCCCGAUGGUCUUCCGAAACCUGCGGGAGAGGUUUGGGAUCGACGACCAGGACUUCCAGAACUCCUUGACCAGAAGCGCACCGCUUCCCAACGAUUCCCAGGCCCGCAGCGGGGCCCGGUUCCACACAUCCUACGACAAGAGAUACAUCAUCAAGACCAUCACGAGUGAAGAUGUGGCUGAAAUGCACAACAUUCUGAAAAAAUACCACCAGUAUAUAGUGGAAUGUCAUGGAAUUACCCUUCUUCCCCAGUUCUUGGGCAUGUACCGGCUUAAUGUUGAUGGAGUUGAAAUAUAUGUGAUUGUUACAAGAAAUGUGUUCAGCCACCGUUUAUCUGUAUAUAGGAAAUACGACUUAAAGGGCUCUACAGUGGCGAGAGAAGCUAGUGACAAAGAAAAGGCCAAAGAACUGCCAACUUUAAAGGAUAAUGAUUUCAUUAAUGAGGGCCAAAAGAUUUAUAUUGAUGAUGACAACAAAAAGGUGUUCCUGGAGAAACUGAAAAAGGAUGUUGAGUUUCUUGCCCAGUUAAAGCUCAUGGACUACAGCCUGCUGGUGGGAAUCCACGACGUGGAGCGAGCCGAGCAGGAAGAGGUGGAGUGUGAGGAGAACGACGGGGACGAGGAGGGGGAAAGCGAUGGCACCCACCCCGUCGGGACCCCUCCGGACAGUCCUGGAAACACCCUCAACAGCUCCCCGCCCUUGGCUCCCGGGGAGUUCGAUCCAAACAUUGAUGUUUAUGGAAUUAAAUGCCAUGAAAACUCACCCAGGAAAGAGGUGUACUUUAUGGCGAUUAUUGACAUUCUGACCCACUAUGAUGCAAAGAAGAAAGCUGCCCACGCUGCGAAAACAGUCAAGCAUGGCGCCGGUGCAGAGAUCUCAACCGUGAACCCAGAACAGUAUUCAAAGCGCUUUUUGGACUUUAUUGGCCACAUCUUGACGUAACCUCCUGCACAUCUCGGAUGGACACGAGCGUGGGAAGGACCGAGGUGGCUUUGGUGUAGGAAAAAGGAAAAACCAAACUCAGUGAGCACACCUCCUCGUUUACAUCUUCAGGCCAAGAUGACUGACUUGGGAACUACUCGCUUUAACGGCUACCUGAUAUUUCCCAGCCUCAUUCUAGCUAUUUCUGACUUGUGUGUGUGCGAGUGUGCACACGUGUGUGUAUGUGUGCGUGUGUGUGCAUCUUCAAAAUGAAUUAAUGGAUUAAUGAAAACCAGAUCAGCUUCAGUCAGUGUGUUUAGGCAACAACCUUCUGAUUCCAGCUAUGGGUGGACGGAUGAAUGAAUGAAUGAAUGAAUGAAUGGAUAAGCAAGCUUAUUCAGGGGGAAGGGGAAAAGGAAAUGCAUGUCAGACCAACCAUGUUGGCAUCACACGAUAAACUGUGGAUCAGUUUACUUUGAAAUAUGUGAGACAGUAUUCAUAAUAAUAAUGAAGUUAAUAAUAAUGAUAAUAAUAAUGAUGGUGAUUAAAGAAAAGAAAAAAACCUAACCACAAAUGUUACACUCCUACCACACGCUGACACUCCUAACAGCUGGCCCCACACCCCGGCCCCGGACAGAGGGUGCUGGCAUCCCACGCGCAUCCCGGCACAGGGCCCUGUCCGCACGGGACAAACACCCUCCUCCAGCAAGAAGCUGAUGCCUCUAGUGAUCCUCUCUGUACAUUGUCACUCAGUAAAUACAUCCGGGAAAACAGCUUACUUUUUUUUUUUUUUUCUUGCCUGGAGCUUCUUACUGUUACACUUACGUUGCAACAUAGGAAUGAAUGCUACGACAUAAAAAUAAAGCUUACCUGAAAAGCGCAUAGUUUGGGGCAAUGGUCUCUACAUCUCCCAUGGUGGGACUGGGAGCAAAACACCAGAACUCUCAAUUCUCCUUUCCUGAUUAAAAUCUGAAUUAUAAGGUAUUUAUGUUUGGCCGUUGUUUAGACAAUGGUAUUUUGUUAUGAAUUACCCCUUUAACCGAAACCCUCAAGAUUACUGUUUACAUUAUUAGGAAAACAGGGAUAUUUUUGAAUCUAAAAAUUUAAUGUACAGCAUGUGAUUUUUGAAGUUUACAUGUAAAGUCAUUUUACAGUGUUGGUGAAAUAAUGUUUGUCAUGUUUUGAAGUGUAUCCUGCUGUCAUAUUUCGGGGUGAACGUUUUAUUAAAGAAUGUGGUAGGCAGUCUUUACAGUGAAAGGAAAAGGGUUGUUUGUUUCUUCCAGAUGUACCUUUAUCAAUCUAAUGAUUUUUUUUUAAUGCUUAAUCCAAAUCUGGUUAUGUAAGUUCAUUGCCCUAAACUGUGCUGAUUGUGUUUAAUCAAGUUAUACAUUUCUAACAUUGAUCAUGUAUGUACCAACUUCCCAGCAUUUUCUGGAAGGUGUCGAGCUAAAAUACUGGCCUUGCUUAGACUAGGUUAUCAACUUAUACACUGUGCUAAAGCUGUGCCUUUGAAAUUCUUUGUUUAAAACAUGAAAUGAUUUUUGUAGGCAGGUUCAGUAAAGGAAAAAAAAAUCCGCCCUUUAAUAAUUACUGACAACGCAACAGACACCCCCUUUCAUGCUGCCUCCUCCAGUGACUUUACUUCAGGGCUUAUCAAGAUGGUAACUUCGCUCAUGGCAUUGGUUUACUUCAGAAAACACAAGGGGUUAGCAAACCAAUGUCUCUGGAACCCCACAGCAGCACCAUCCUGCUUUACCUACUGACUUCAUACAGGUCGUUUUCCUAAACAGAUGACGCUCACACUGCUGUGACAUGGUUCUCUAAAUCUGUGCUCCCUCCCCCUCCUCCUGCGUUUUAUCAUAUAGAGAAUAAAAGACUUCCAGGACAAAAGUGACUUGCUACAAGUUGGACCUGGUCCCCAAAUCCCCACCCCCACUUUUCAUUCUGGAGCCUAGUCACUUUCCGUGUUCUGAAGUUAUACUGUAGUUUCUUUGUCCCAAAACUACAAAAGUGAGACCCUUGAAGUAAGGAUAAGGUACACAUACAUUAUCUGAGUAACUAUUUCCUUUGUGGCCAAUCUCUGUAUGCUUUUAGUUUACAACAUGCUUUAUUUUUGUCUGUAACCGUUCUGUCAUUCAUUUCUAUUGAUAAACUAUUUGAACUGAGUGAGGAAGUUUGCCUUGUAUCUCCUAGUGCUAACAAUACACUCGUCAUGAGCCAGGCUUUACAGAAUAAAGCACUUUGAUGACUUA